GCGAAACUGGGUGAUUGUCGGAUGAAAAUAUUAAGUAAAAUCUACCGAAAAUGGUGGGUAAACGCAUCCUGGUCAUCGACAAUGGCUCCUACGAGUGCCGCGUGGGCUGGAGCGACUCCAAGGAGCCGGAGCUGCGCUUCCGCAACGUGCUGACCAAGCCGCGAAAGGAUCGCAAGAAGGAGGCGGCUGCCACCUCCGCCGAAGGUUCCUCCUCCUCGGCGGCGCCUGUGGAGGCACCGGCCGAAAUCCAGGUGGGCAACGACAUCACCAACAUCGAGGCGGUGCGGGCCCAUCUGAAGAGUCCCUUCGAGCGGAACGUCAUAACCAACUGGAAUCACCAGGAGCAGAUCUUCGACUACAUCUUCACCAAGAUGGGAUUCGAGGGUCAGGAGCGGAUCGAUCACCCAAUUGUCCUCACAGAGGCUCUGGCCAAUCCCAACUUUUGCCGCCAGCAGAUGAGCGAGCUGCUCUUCGAGUGCUACGGCAUUCCGGCCGUUUCCUACGGCAUCGAUGCUUUGUACAGCUGGGAGCAUCAUCGCCAGAAGCACCAGAAGAUUUCCGAUGCCCUGAUCAUAUCCUUUGGCUACAGCACCACCCAUGUGAUUCCCUUGCUUAAUGGCAAACUUCAAAUGGAGCACGUGCGUCGCCUAAACGUGGGUGGCUAUCACAUCAUCACCUACCUCUUCCGGCUAAUGCAAAUGAAGUAUCCCGUGCAUCUAAACGCCAUCACCAUCAGCAGAAUGGAGAAACUGGUCCAUGAGCACUGUCACAUUGCCGUGGACUACAAGGAGGAGCUGGUGAAGUGGGCACAGAUGGAGUACUACGAGGAGAACAUCAUGAAGAUUCAACUGCCCUACAAUGCAGUCACCGCGACGAAUGCCCUGCUCACCGCCGAGCAGAAGCAGGAGAAGCGACGGGAGCUGGCCCACCGACUGCUGGAGAUCAAGAAUCGUCGCGAGCGGGAGAAGCUGCGCGAGGAUGAGCAGCAGUUGUUCGUCUACCACAAGCUGAGGCAGCUGUACGAGCAGAAAAAGCUGGACAAGUUUGAGCGGGCUCUGCAGCAGCAGCAGAUUGGUACGCUGGAGGAUCUGGACUCGCUGAUUGCCACCAUAAACUCGCGCAUUAAGCGGGCACAGGACAAAGCGCAGAGUGCUCCGCGACCGAGCAAGCAGCAGGAAAAGCUGGACAAGAUGCCCAAGCCACCGGAGGGCGUGUCCCAAGCCGACUGGCUGGCCGAGCUGCACGGCAAAAGAGAGCAGCUGCUGAAUCGCAAGCAGGCCCGCCAGCAGCAACGUUCCGAGCAGGCCAAGCGGCAUACGCACGCCGCUCAGGAGCGAAUGCGCAUCAUCUCUUCGCUGGCCAAGAGCGAGAAGCGGCGCAAGGCGAACGGCGAGGAGGAGGACGACGGCUUCGGGAUGAACGACAACGACUGGGAUGUUUACAAGCGGAUCAAUCGCUACAAGGACGAUAGCGAUUCGGAUGCGGAUAAUGAGCAGUUGCUGGAGUUCGAGAAGAUCCUGAAUCACUAUGAUGCCAACUUUGAUGAUGGGAAUGCCAAUGUGCAGGCCCAAAGUGCCGCCGAGAACUACCAGCUGCACUUUGGUGUGGAGGAUAUCAGGGUGCCGGAGGUUUUGUUCCAGCCCAGCAUGAUUGGCUGCUCGGAGGCGGGGCUAGCGGAGCUAAUAGCCUUCGUGCUGAAGCUCUUUCCCUCGGCAGAGCAGCAGCGUCUGGUGGAGCAUGUCUAUCUGACCGGUGGAUGUGCCCAGUUUAGGGGCCUCAAGGAGCGACUGGUGAAGGAGCUAAUGGAGAUGCGUCCCUUCCAGUCAAAGUUCGCCAUCUACGAGUCGGAUGAGCCCACUUUGGCAGCAUGGUUGGGAGCAUGUGUGCAUGCUGGAGAGCCCAGUUUCGCCCAGACCUUGACCACGCGCCAGGAUCACCAGGAGCGCGGCAGCGAGUUCUUCCGCGAGCACAGGGCCAGCAAUCUCUUUUAUCCUACACCAAAAGAUUAACGUUUAUUUUGAAAACCACCAACUAAAAUAAAAGUUCCGUCACAUCGUUGCCGAA